AUGGCCGAAGCAGAGACCGUUCCCAACACACAAACAUCACCCCCAGUGGCCGAGGCCACCGAUCCUGCCUCGGCUCCCUCACAGCAAAAUGUCAAGAGCACCCAGGUAGUCGCAAGUGAUAAGCUCCCAUCCACAGAAGCGAUCACUAAAACCAGCGAGUACAAAGUACUAGAUCACAAAGGCGAGGAACACAUCUUCAAAAGCCUCUAUGAUAACUCCGAGUCCACCAGGACUCUGGUAAUCUUCAUCCGCCACUUUUUCUGCGGGAGCUGUCAAGAAUUCAUCUUCGCCCUCGCAAAAGCCAUAACACCAUCCGAUCUCGAAAAACUUUCAACCAAAACCUCAAUCAUCGUAAUCGGCUGCGGCGACCCAGGCCUAAUAGACUUCUACGCGAAAGAAACAUCAUGCCCCUUCCCUAUCUACGCAGACCCAAAGCAAAAGCUCUACAAGGAGCUCGAGCUAGUGCAGAACUACGGUAUGGGUUCUAAGCCUGAGUACUUCCGGAAAGGCAUGCUUGGGAGUGUCGGGUCGUCUAUUAUGCAGGGGUUGAAGCAUGUUAGUUCUGGACUUGUGCUGAAGGGAGGCGAUUCGAGUCAAAAUGGUGGGGAGUUUCUUUUUGAGACUGGGUCUGAGGGGACUGGGAAGAGCGUUACUUGGUGUCAUCGGAUGACGAAUACGAGGGAUCAUUCGGGGAUUGAGGAGUUUAAGAGAGUUGUUGAUCCUGAGGGUCAGGUUUUGGGGAAGAAUGAAUAG